UGCGGCGGCGGGGCGGCGCGCGGCCCGGAACUCCUUUCCGUGGCGGAAGCCGCGCCUCCCGCGGACGCUUCACGACCGGGGGGGAGGUGCUGUGCGUCCAAGAUGGCGGCGCCCUGUGGGCUGGAGGAACUGUGAGUGACCAUGAAAAACACCAGGCUGACAGCACUGGAAACUGAAGAACCAACACUCCCCGGAACAGUCUGGUAGCAGCCCUAAUGAAGAGAUACCCCAGCCUUUAACACAGGUCCUGGAGCCGGCACAGCAGUGUUGAGCAAGAGAAUGGCCCAGCCAGCAAACGUUGGGGAGCUGCUCUCCAUGCUAGACUCCACCAUGCUGGGCGUGCGAGAUGAUGUAACAGCUGUCUUUAAGGAGAAUCUCAAUUCUGAUCGUGGUCCCAUGCUUGUAAACACCUUGGUGGAUCAUUACCUGGAAACCAAUUCUCAGCCGGUGUUACACAUCUUGACUACCUUGCAAGAGCCACAUGAUAAGCACCUCUUGGAUAAAAUUAACGAAUAUGUGGGCAAAGCCGCCACCCGUUUAUCCAUUCUCUCACUGCUGGGGCAUGUCGUGAGACUGCAGCCAUCUUGGAAGCAUAAGCUCUCUCAAGCACCUCUUUUGCCUUCUUUACUAAAAUGUCUCAAGAUGGACACUGAUGUCGUCGUCCUCACAACAGGUGUUCUGGUGUUGAUCACCAUGCUACCAAUGAUCCCACAGUCGGGGAAGCAGCACCUGCUCGAUUUCUUUGAUAUCUUUGGCCGUCUUUCGUCAUGGUGCCUAAAGAAACCAGGCCAUGUGACAGAAAUCUACCUUGUCCAUCUCCAUGCCAGUGUUUAUGCCCUCUUUCAUCGCCUAUAUGGAAUGUACCCUUGCAACUUUGUCUCCUUUCUGCGUUCCCACUAUAGUAUGAAGGAAAACUUAGAGACUUUUGAAGAAGUGGUCAAGCCAAUGAUGGAGCAUGUGCGAAUUCACCCGGAAUUAGUGACUGGAUCCAAGGACCAUGAACUGGACCCUCGAAGGUGGAAGAAAUUAGAAACUCAUGAUGUUGUGAUAGAGUGUGCCAAAAUCUCCCUGGACCCUACAGAAGCCUCCUAUGAAGAUGGCUAUUCUGUGUCUCACCAGCUGUUCACCCGCUUUCCUCCUCGCUCAGCCGAUGUCACCACCAGCCCUUAUGUUGAUACACAGAAUAGCUAUGGGAGUGCUACUUCUACUCCUUACUCUACCACUCGACUGAUGUUGUUCAGUACGCCCAGGCAGCUACCUCAGACUCUGAGUUCCCCAUCGGCACGGCUGUUACCUGAGCCGCUACAAGCUACUCUUUGGAGCCCAUCUACGGUUUGUGGUAUGACCACUCCUCCAACAUCUCCUGGAAAUGUCCCGCCUGAUUUGUCCCAUCCUUACAGUAAAGUUUUUGGCACAACUGGUGGAAAAGGAACUCCUCUGGGAACCCCAGCAACCUCUCCUCCUCCAGCCCCAACCUGUCAUCCAGAUGACUAUGUGCACAUUUCCCUCCCCCAUUCUACAGCCACACCCCCCAGGAAGGAAGAGAGAACCGACUCUGCCAGGCCGUGUCUACACAGACAGCACCAUCUUCCGAAUGACAGAGGAUUAGAAGAGCUACCUGGAAACAAAGGUUCUGUCACUCUAAGUGAUCUUCCGGUGUUUUUGGGUGAUCUGGCCUCUGAGGAAGACAGUAUUGAAAAAGAUAAGGAAGAAGCUGCAAUAUCUAAAGAGCUAUCUGAGAUCACCACUGCAGAGACAGAUCCUGUGGUUCCUCGGGGAGGUUUCGACUCUCCAUUCUACAGAGACAGUCUCCUAGGUUCUCAGCGGAAAACCUGUUCAGCACCAUCUGGGACUCGGGGCUCCAUUGUGAACCCUGAGCCCUUCCACUCCUCCCUGGACAAGCGUGGGCCUGACACACCAAAGCAAGCCUUUACUCCCAUUGACCUGCCCUGUGGAGGUGCUGAUUCCAGCCCCACUGAGGACAGGGACCGCCAGACUUCUCUGGAGACCAGUAUCCUCACUCCCAGCCCUUGCAAAAUCCCACCUCAGAAAGGAACGGGCUUUGGAAGUGUGCAGCCUCCCCCAUAUGAUCAUCUCUUUGAGGUGGCCUUGCCAAAGACUGCCUGUUACUUUGUCAGCAAGAAAACUGAGGAGCUGUUAAAGAAGGUGAAAGGAAGCCCCGAGGAAGACUACAUGCCCUCUACCUCCCCAAUGGAAGUACUGGACAGGCUGAUACAGCAGGGAGCAGAUGCACAUAGCAAGGAGCUGAACAAGUUAUCCUUACCCAGCAAGUCUGUCGACUGGACCCACUUUGGAGGCUCUCCUCCCUCAGAUGAGAUCCGCACCCUCCGAGAUCAGUUGAUUUUACUGCACAACCAGUUACUCUAUGAGCGUUUUAAGAGGCAGCAGCAUGCACUUCGAAACAGGAGGCUACUGCGCAAGGUGAUCAGAGCAGCGGCCCUGGAGGAACACAAUGCUGCCAUGAAAGAUCAGCUGAAGUUGCAAGAGAAAGACAUCCAGAUAUGGAAGGUGAGUCUGCAGAAAGAACAAGCCAGAUACAGUCAACUUCAAGAACAGCGUGACACUGUGGUGACGCAGCUCCACAGCCAGAUCCGCCAGCUACAACAUGACCGUGAAGAAUUCUACAACCAGAGCCAGGAGUUACAGACAAAGCUGGAGGACUGUAGGAAUAUGAUUGCAGAGCUGCGGAUAGAGCUGAAGAAGGCCAACAACAAGGUGUGUCACACGGAGCUGCUGCUCAGCCAGGUUUCUCAAAAGCUCUCAAAUAGUGAGUCGGUCCAGCAGCAGAUGGAGUUCUUAAACAGGCAGCUGUUGGUGCUUGGGGAGGUCAACGAGCUGUAUUUGGAACAACUGCAGAACAAGCACUCAGAUACCACCAAGGAAGUAGAAAUGAUGAAAGCUGCCUAUCGGAAAGAGCUAGAAAAAAACAGAAGCCACGUUCUCCAGCAGAAUCAGAGGCUUGAUACCUCCCAGAAACGGAUUUUGGAACUGGAAUCUCUUCUGGCCAAGAAAGACCAUCUCCUUCUAGAACAGAAGAAAUACCUGGAGGAUGUCAAGAGCCAGGCAAGCGGACAGCUGCUGGCCGCAGAGAGCAGGUAUGAGGCUCAGAAACGGAUCACCCAGAUGUUUGAGUUGGAGAUCUUAGACUUGUAUGGCAGGUUGGAGAAAGAUGACCUCAUGCAAAAACUUGACGAGGAAAAAGCAGAAGCAGCGGAGGCCGCGGUGGAAAGGCUUGACUGCUGUAAUGACGGCUGCUCAGAUUCUGUGGUAGGGCACAAUGAAGAGGCAUCUGGGCACAAUGGUGAGGCCAAGAACCCCAGGCCCACUGGCAUCCGGGGCAGUUACGGAGCUAGAGGAACCGGAAGCAGCAGCAGCAGUAGUGAGCUUUCUACCCCAGAGAAACCCCCAAGCCAGAAGGCAGGCCCGUUGAGCAGCUGGUGGGACACCACCAUGGGCGAGCCCUCUACCAGCAUCCCAACGGUGGGCUCACUACCCAGUUCCCAAAGCUUCCUGGGCAUGAAGGCCCGGGAGCUGUUCCGUAAUAAGAGCGAGAGCCAGUGUGAUGAAGACGGCAUGACCAUCAGUAGCCUUUCUGAGACUCUAAAGACAGAACUGGGCAAAGACUCAGGUGUGGAAGCCAAGAGUCCCCUCAACCUAGACGGCCCACACCCAUCUCCCCCAGCCCCGGACAGUGUUGGACAGCUCCGUAUCAUGGACUACAAUGAGAGUCAUCACGAACACAGCUAAGGAGGAUGGUCAGUCAGUGUUAACUUGCAUCUCAUUGGCACAGAACAGGAGGUGUGAAUGCACGUUCAAGGCUUUCCUGUUUCCAGGGUCUGAGUGGCUGCUCAUGCGUGGCGAAAAUGAGACAGAGGUCCUUUUGACAGCUGACCGAAUGCAGAAUGGUUUUUGGAUCUGGCAUUGAAAUGCCUCUUAACCUUCCCCUCCCCCAUCCCCACACCUGUCUUUUCAUUUGCCUAGCAGUGUGUACUAAUGGAGGGCCAGUGGUGUGUUCCUCGGUAGCUUUAUUUUCCUCCUUCCUUUCCCCCAAAUGGUUUCAUCCUUCGAACCUGUGCAAUAUGAGGCCAGAUUUCAUCCUGAGCCCAACACACCACUCUCUGCUUCCCUUGAAGCUCAGAUAACCGGUUGGCUGGUGGUUAGGCCAGGCAGUUGGCGGUACUGCAGGUAAGUCCAGUGCUGCCCCUUCCAGCACGCAGCCUGCACAGCUGGUUGUCGUCAUGUGAAGGCUUCUACAGGAGACUUAGCACUGCUUUUCACUGCUAUCUUUUUGAAGUUCAGCAUCUAAAGCAGCAGCUCUAGAAAAAUGAUGGUUCAUUCACCCUUUUGGCGGUUCUGAUAGGCUUUCUCGAAAGUUCAGUGUGAACAAAUUGUUCGCCUGUUGUUUUGACAGUCUAGCUGGCACUGUGGAGGCCACACUUCUUUUCCCUUUAGGAAAGCUCUUGUUUCUCCUUCCCCCACUACCUCUUAUUUAUUUGGUAUUUGCUUGAACGCGGGUACCGUGCUGCCCACAGGCGGGAGUGUAGGUGGUAGUCUUGUUCUCUGCAGACAGCAAGGGGAGAUGCUGGCAAAGCUCUUGUGGGUGUGAAAGUGCUCUUUUGGGCUGAGCCAUUGGUUACCCCCUUUGGCCUGUUAGCCUCCCUUUGAGUUCACACGCGCCUGUUGUGUGUGUGAGCUGCCUGUGAAGUGACUACAGCAAAAAGGCCCAGAGUUUCUUGAGUUUAUGUGACCAGCAUUUCUCAGGCUCAGGGCUGAUUCAUGAUAGUAGGUUCUGGGCAAAGGUAGCAGCUUUUCACACCAGUUCUGACUUUGAGGGCUGAUUGCUAGGAGCUUCCUGUUGCCACGCACGUUCUUCUCCUGUUAGGAAUGGCAGAGCAGAACUUGGGAGGGUAGUGAUGAGGUCUGACUGCCCGGACCCUCUGGGCCGCCCCACAUGCUCCCGACACCCACCAGCCAGCUGCAGAGGACACAGUCUUGACAUAUGCUCCUGAAAUAAAUGCUAGAAGCCUAAGAACUGUUGCCUGGUAUUCCCGCCCAGGCAAGCAGAGAUUUGUCAGGAAAGAGCCAAUGAACUAGGCUUUCCUGUUUCUAUUCUUUGAGAAGAAUAGAAAAAGGUUCAGCCAUGAAGAAGUUGAAAAACUGUAAUGGUACGAAAUCUUACUGCAUAUGAAAGCUUACAGUGUAUGAGGGUGACAGUCUUUUUUUUUUUUUUUUUUUUUUUUUUUUUGAGUGUGGCAGUAAAUAGCUUCUCUAACUAAAGACAGCCGAACCAUUCGACACUCUGUCACCAUGGCGAUACUCCCUGAAGACUGGUUGGGGGUCAGGAUUUCUAGUGUAACUGACGGAUGCCCAGCCUACAGGAGGGCGUGCCCACUGACUGUUCAGCCUGCAGAAGCUGGCCAUUGCCGCCGGAUGUCCAGAGUGGAGUACUAGUGAUGCCACACUUUUAAUUCAGCUUUGUCCAAAGGAAAGCUUACAAUCCGAUACAUUGUAGUUUUUCUGGUUCCAUUUCAGAAAAGGGAUAGUGUGAACAAAUUCAGAAAGAAAAAUGCUCCAAGUGAACUAUUGAAGCCGGUUUGGUUUUCCCCUUCCCCAGAGCAGCUUCCCCUUAAAUGGGAAAGGAAAAGAGGCCAGUGUAAGAAAGAACAAGCUACUUUUUACAUGGACAGCUUGUGAGAUACGGAGAAGGGAGGCUGGAGGACGGAGCCGAGGGCCCCGGCAUGGUAGAGUGGACUGGGGUGGAGGAGGCCUUUGAAGCCUCUGCUGGGCCCUCGGCUCCAUCCUCCAGCCUGGGAGUAGUAGGUACCUGGCUGUGCAGCCCAGGCCUCUUGGUGCACUCCAGCUCGUGCUCUUUUGAGUUCUAGAUGCCCACAGAUUCAACUAGUAAUAAGGCCUGCUUUUAUUCUGAGAGCUACAGGUGAUUGGAGUCAAAGGGUCUCUUGACAGUGUUACAAGCAUUUGUUUUGAGGAUGAAAAGGUGAUGGGAAAUGGGAGGAGCUUCCGAGGGGCAUUUGAGGCCCGGGCAAAGGUAUUAGAACAAUUAAUGUAAUAGAUCAGGCCUGUGUUGAAACUGAUUAAGUAGCCUGGUAGGUGCAAACAAAUGGUCACCAUGAAGAUCACUGGGAGCCAGCGCUGUGAUGGCUGACAUGCGCAAAUUACGCGGAUUUCCCUCCAGAUUUGACCCCCAUCUGGGGUCAGUGCAAGCCAGGGAGCCGGGCUCUGUGCCUCAUGCAGCAUGGACUGUGUCUGAAAGGAGCACUGCAGUAUAAUUGUGGCAGUGAGGGGGCAGGAAAGGAGAAGUUGGACAAAAAGGAGUUCCUGAGCCCACCUCAGUCCAUCAGCACACACCUGUUCCCAAUAGAGCUUCCAGGGAAAGUCCACAAGUGCUGUUGUUAUGGGAACAGAUAUGUGAACAUGAGAAAACUGGCCCAAGAGAUUUUCAGAGGUGGCCUUGGAGCUCAGUGCUAGGAACAUUGGCUAAGACAGGUGGUCUCUCAAGGUUUGCCAGCAGCCUUCAGGAGAGAAGACUUGCCUAACUUUGGGAAUAAGCUACAGAAGGUUCUUGCCAUAUGUGAUGUGAUUAGGGGACAAUAGUAAAACUAUUCUUAGAAGACAAACCAUCAUGACUCAGGAGAAAGGCCUGGAAGCCACUGACAGUAGGAAAAGUUAGGCCCUGUCCCCAUGCUGCCUGUCCAUGGCCAGAGGCCAGUGUCUCUCUGGGCCGAAGCAGCACAACAGACAAGAAGCCAUUUGCAGCAGUAUCUGGAGUCGCCAGUGCAGAAAGAGGCACCAGCAGUUGUUGAGAGGAUACCCAUAAUGGCUGUGGGGUGGACUGGCCUGAGCUGGAUCACAUGGCUUAAUGGCAGUAGGGAAGCCAGGAUGUGUUUCUGUGUAACAGAACUGAAGUGUGCCAUGGACCAGCUAGUGGGACUUUGCACCAAACACUAGAGCCUACCAUAGGAAGCCAGAAAGAGCUGAAGCACAAAGGAAAGCACCACAGGAGGAUGCCGGUUCUUGGGCAGUCAGGGCUGGGCAGGCGGCAUUGUGGGUAAGCUGGAAGGAGGUCUGGCACUGCACAGGCCUGGCCCACCCAGUGGCUUUUUAGGAAGCAGCCGGCCAUGUUAGUAGUGAUCUGGAUGGUGCCCUCCCGAGGUCCAGGUCCUGAAACUGACCUGCAGGGAAUGUUGGGAAAAGAAGCCAGUAGGAAGGUGUUUGUGUAUCUGUUUACAUCAAGAGGUCUGUGUCAUGGCCCUGUCCCCUUCCCCCAGAUUGCUGCAGUCCUCCAUUUUCCUUGAUUUCGAUUUUCUGUGUAGGUGAAAGAACAAGUUUAGGCCAGGACAGGCCUCUUGUUUCCAUCACACUUCCCAGCAUGCCCUGGGAGCGGCGCUCCCCAUCUCUUAUCUAGUGCCCUGCAGACUGUAAUGCUCACCUUGGGGGGGUGGGGGAGGAGGGAGAGGCUCCAGUGAUGAGGAAAACCUACACUGCCCAUGGCUUUUUGCCUCAAAAUGAGUUCAUGAAGGCCAAAAAGCUGUCUACCCCUCCCAGUGCCGCAGUCUUCUCCAUGCUCUGGGAGAGUAGGCUGGUUUAGCCAGUAGAGCAGAUCUUUUAAGAGUUCAAGGGCCCCAGAGCAGCCCCUCCCUCUGCUCCCCUACCUUGCACAGUGUUUGGACGGGAGGGUCCAGUGCCGCUCUGUACAGCACAUGCCUGGCUUAUCAGAGGCAGCCAGGCCUUUUGCACUAGAAUGAAUCAGUGAUCACUCGAGGAGACAACUACGGACCACAAAUACAUUACGGAGGAACAGAUUUUGCUACGACAUAAAUCUAGUUUUAUAACUCAAUCAUGGAUGAACCAUACGUGGCUAAUGCAGUUUAAAGCAUCCCAUCAGUGAAUGGAAUCUGAUGAUUUGGCUGCUUUUAGUGAAAUGGAGGAAAGUCUCUUCUCCUAAGGGUUAAACUUUCUCACCUUCACCUUAAAAGCAUUGUCAUUCCACAUCAGAUGCCAUAAAUACAGACUGCAGGAGAACAUGGUACAAUCUCAGUGAGUGGAAAUUGGAAUCAAAGGGUUUGCUGUCCUUAGAAUGUUCUAAAAUGUCAAGGCAGUUGCUUGUGUUUAACUGUGAACAAAUAAAAAUUUAUUGUUUUGCACUA